UCGGCAGCGUCACUACCUUACUGCUCGUCAGCCAGUGAAGUCGUGUGUCGAAGUGUUUCAUUGUGCCAAUACCGCCGAAGUAAAAGUUUACAUUCUCGCGUACUAUAUUAGUACAACAAGACUGUGUGUGUGGAAUAUUAUUCGAUAGCAAAAAUUCUGUAACAACAAUGGCUCCCCAAAUAGAAUUAUCAACUUGGACCCCUACAUCGAUUUCAUUUGCCGAGAGGCAAAAGCCUGAAAAUCUGCCGCCGAACUCGACGCUCGACGACCAAGCAAAGUCUCAAGAGACAGAGAAAGCAGGAGAAGACCACGACGGAGUGAAACUAAAGAACAUAUUAUCAGCAGCAGAUGCUGAACGAGUUGAACGUAAAAAGAGGAAGAAUCCUGAUGAAGGAUUCUCCACAUACGAACAAGCUACCGUGAGUCAAAACAACGGACUGGUUGAAAAUAUGCCGCCAGCUGAUACGGAACAAAAUGAGUCAAAGAAACAGAAGUAUGACGAUGCUGUCGAUGGUGUAUCUAAUGUGCAUGAGGACCGAGAGGAAGCAAUCGACAAGAUGGUCAAUGACCUGUCGGAAGAGCAGAUUGUUAAAAGAGCUCGCUACUCUACAAGGUGUGGGUAUAAUGAUGAUGCAGAUGUCGACUCCAUCAAUGACAAUCUGGAGACUGGUGAUUGGAAUCUGAACAGAUUUUACGGAGAGAAUACAGCCAGCACUAAGCAGAACCUGGUUCUGCCAUUUUGCUGUUGGUGUAAGCUGCAACAAUAUGCACAGUACCUGUCGCAAAUAUAGGUGGUAGAGUUAUAGUAGUUUAGAUAAAAAUUGUAUCACAUAUGUAGAUGUAUUCUAAAAUAUUCGUAUUGUACGUAAAACAAGUUGAUUUACAUUAUGUUUGUAAGUGUUUUAAGA